AUGGCACACUAUGUCAAUCUAGAAUUGAGUCUAAGCCAAUAUGAAGAUCCUUGGGUUCUAAAGAAGAGGCUAACUGACUCUGAUGUUUGCAUUAAGUCUCAGCUCUGUUUACCGAAACAACUGAUGGAGCAGUUUAUAGUACCGGAGAUGGGCAAUGAUCUUGUCCAGAAAUUGGCACCUGGCGUUGAGGUCAAAGUCAGAGAUGUUGACCGUAUUAACCAUUCUUACACCGUAACUCUUAAACUACGCAAAGACGGCCAGUAUCUUUUCGGAAAAGGAUGGAACCUCUUAAAAAAUUCCAAGGGUUUAAUAAAAGGAGAUUUUAUUGGGCUCUAUUGGGAUAAGUUGGAAGGAGAAUUCAAGUUCAAGCAUCUCAAAACUCAAAUGCCUAGUAGUAGUAGUAGUAGUGGUAAAGGGGAAACUUCGACGCAGGGGAACGAAGGAGAAACAAAUACUCAAGUAUAA